AUGAAAGAUUUAUGGCUGCAGCAAAAGGAGGAAAUAAAAUUGUCUAUUCGGGGGGAGGGAACGAGACAGGGGAAUCUCGGUUGCACUUUGAUUUGGGGUGAGCAAGGCGUCGGCAAGACGUACGUCACGAGAUGCGUCUACAAUGAAGCGAAGUACCUGGGCUUUGAGUGGUGUGCUUGGGUCCGCCUCUCAGCCGGAAUGGACAUCCAGGAUUUCUUAUUUGAGAUACUGCAGCAAAUGGGGAAGCUAGCGAGGGAGGUGAAGGACAUGAAUUUGCACGAGAUGACGGAAAUGCACCGCAUUGAAUUGGCCAAGAGGAAGAAGUUCCUCAUCGUGUUGGAUGGCAUGCACCCGUCCAACGAGCGACUCCUGCCAAGCGGUUUGCUGCUAAAUGCUGGAGACCAGGAACGCGCAGCGUUGGAGAAAGAUCGUUCUAAGAUGUCAACAUCAGAGCUACUACAAUUGAGUUACCAUAAAUUGGCAGCCCAUCUAAAACCGUGUUUCAUCUACAUGGUUUUGUUCCCCCGAGCAGCCCCCAUUUCGACAAGAAGGCUAGUGAGGCUGUGGUUGGCUGAGGGCUUAUUGGAUUCGCAUUGUUACGACGGAGAAAGAAAACUGACAAGGCAGCCCGAGGCUGCUGGAGAGACUUUCAUUCUGGACCUUGCGGGAAGGAACGUCAUCGAGGUGGUGAGCUGGAGGGCGGAUGGAUUCCCCAAAGCUUGCUACAUGCUCACCUCUCUGUAUGACCUGAUCCACCCGAUCGCCAUGGACACAAAGUUCCUCCACAUACAUGCCGCUAGCAAGUCAAAAGACGAGAAUGACUGCGGCCCAACCAGCCAGCAACAACAGCUGCCAGCCCAUCAGUACGAAAUCAAGGUCCGGUGGCUCGCAGAGCACACAAACAUAGUCAGAGACAGCCAUGGUGGCAGCUACCCCGGUUUGAACCUCAAUCACGUCCGCUCGUUUCUGUCGUUCUACAUGAGGAGAGGCAUGCUCACCAAGGAAAUCAGCAACUUCCUCAGGAACAUGACCUCCAAGACCGCCUAUAGCUUGCUGAGGGUACUUGACUUGGAGGGUGUGUAUAGGCCAUCCUUGGAAGGUGUGCUCCAUAAGUUGGUGCUCCUAAAGUACCUAGGAUUAAGAUCCACGGUGUUGCACUCGAUCCCUAGUGCAGUUGCGGAUCUGCAAUAUCUUGAGACUCUUGACAUAAAGGACACCUACAUCACUUCCCUGCCGAAUUCCUUCUGGAAGGCGAGGAACUUGAGGCACUUGCAUCUCAACUGGUUGUACAUCGACUUGAAGAAGAUCUUCGAGGAUGAUAAUGCUUUGACUAAACUCCAAACCUUAAGCGGGCUAGUUAUCGGUGAAGUGAAGGAGAACUCGGUGAUGGGCCACAUGAACAGCUUGACCACGCUGAAGCUUUUCUUGCACCAAUUGGAUAGGGACACCUCAGGCACUGCGGGAAAAGCACUAGCCGAUUGGAUUAGCUCUAGGCUCACCUAUCUCCAGUCCUUGACCUUGGGGGUGACCAAAAAUGCCAAGCCCGCGAAAUCGCAGAUAGGCCCGUUGCCGAAAUUGUCGUUGGCGGAGCAUCACGGACUGUUCGUGCUUUACUUGCUGGGCCGACUCAACAAACCCAUCUGGACACAGCUCCUGCCGGUCUCGCUCAGGGUUUUGAUCCUGUCGGGUUCGAGGGUGGAAGCAGACAUGAUGCCUGAGUUGGGUGGCCUCCUGGGACACCUGAGGACACUCAAGCUGUUGGCCAAUUCUUUCCUAGGCACUAGUCUGACGUUCGCCAAAGGUGGGUUUCCGAGCCUCAUGAUCUUGAAGAUUUGGAAGCUGCCUCAGCUUGUGCGUGUGACUAUUAAAGAAGGAGCAAUGCCGCGUCUCAUAAAACUCGAGUUUAGGCACCUCGAGUGUUUGAAAACUGUUGAAGGGAUCCACGAGUGCAAGAUAUUGGAGAAUUUUAGUGUGAUGUCCCAAUGCGAUGCUCUUGUUAACCAACUCAGGGACAAAAUAGGAGAGAAGGUGAAUCUGCAUUUUGAAGACAGCAAGAGGCCUGGAUCUUCGGCCGAUGACGAGGACGAGGAUGAGGAUGAGGAUGAGGACAGCUAG